AUGAAUGUACUUAAAUUUCAAAAAAAGUAUCCGGAAUUGAAUCAAGAAGAGAUCUUCUCUAUCAUCGACGAUUUCCGCAAUAUCGACAUCGAUGAAAAGGGUUGGGCUGAGAAGAAGGAUGUCAUCAACGCAGUCGCUCAGAAGAAGAAGUCGUCAUAUGACCACGUACGGGAGACUCUCAAGAGCGUUGACGUGGACGCCUCGGGUCAUGUUGAAUUGGACGAUUUUAUUGAAUUGAUCGCUAAAUUGAAGCUGGAGCCCUCUUUUCAUACAAGUAAACAAAUCAGCGGAACUCAGACGCACACUCCUGAAACUUCCAAUUCAUCUAUCACCAAUACUUCAUCAGGUCAUAAAACAUACAUCAAGGGAAAGACGUCAGGCACUACCCAUACAGUUAAUGAUGAAGAAAGAACAGAGUUUACAAGACACAUAAACUCGGUUCUUGCCGACGAUCCGGACAUAGGUAGCAGAUUACCAUUUGAUACAGAUACAUUUCAGAUCUUUGAUGAGUGUCGCGACGGUUUAGUCUUAUCUAAAUUGAUCAAUGAUUCUGUACCCAACACAAUUGACACUCGUGUACUCAAUAUGCCUGGCCAAAAGAAAAAGUCGUUGAAUAAUUUUCAAAUGUCUGAAAAUGCCAAUAUUGUAAUUAAUUCAGCAAAGGCUAUCGGCUGUGUCGUGGUAAAUGUUCAUUCGGAAGAUAUCAUUGACGGCAAAGAGCAUCUUAUUCUUGGCUUGAUAUGGCAAAUUAUACGCCGUGGUUUGUUGUCGAAAGUUGACAUUAAAUACCAUCCAGAGCUCUAUAGAUUACUAGAGGAUGAUGAGUCCUUAGAGCAGUUCUUGAGAUUACCUCCUGAGCAAAUCUUAUUACGUUGGUUUAAUUACCAUUUGAAGAACGCGGGCUCCCAAAGACGUGUGGCAAAUUUCUCCAAAGAUAUCAGUGAUGGUGAGAACUACACUGUUCUUUUACAUCAAUUGCAACCCGAACACUGCGACUUAUCUCCCUUGCAAACAAGUGAUCUAGCCGUCCGUGCGGAGCAGGUCUUAAGAAAUGCAGACAAAAUUGGUAUGAGAAAGUAUUUAACUCCUAGGGCGCUUGUUUCUGGUAACCCGAAGUUAAAUCUCGCCUUCGUUGCUCAUUUGUUCAACAAUUAUCCCGGCUUAGAGCCAAUGGAGGAAAAUGAGGCUCCUGAGAUUGAAGAGUUCGACGCUGAAGGCGAGCGCGAAGCCAGAGUCUUCACAUUGUGGCUUAACUCAUUAGAUGUGGACCCGCCAAUCGUGUCCUUAUUUGAUGAUUUGAGAGAUGGUUUGGUAUUAUUGCAGGCGUUCGAUAAGGUCUUACCAGGAAGUGUCUCUUUCAAGCAUAUCAAUAAGAAACCGUCAAGUGGUGCUGAACUUUCUCGUUUCAAGGCUUUGGAAAACACCAACUAUGGUGUAGAAAUUGGAAAGGCGAACAAUUUUUCACUAGUGGGAAUUGAGGGCUCAGAUAUUGUUGAUGGCAAUAAAUUGUUGACGUUAGGUCUAGUGUGGCAACUCAUGAGGCGUAACAUAGUAAACACUUUGUCCAGCCUCGGUAAUGGUAAGAAUGUCAGCGAUUCAGACAUUUUGAAGUGGGCGAACUCUCAGGUCUCAAAAGGUGGAAAGAGUGGCCCUAUUCGCUCCUUCAAAGAUCAAUCUUUGUCCAACGGCGUUUAUCUAUUGGAUGUGCUCAAUGGUAUUAAGCCGGGUUAUGUCGACUACGAUUUGGUUUACCAAGAUGCGAAUAUGGGAGAAGACGAGAAGUAUGCGAACGCGAGACUAGCUAUUUCGAUUGCCAGAAAGUUAGGUGCGUUGAUAUGGUUGGUACCCGAGGAUAUCAACGAGGUGAGAAGUCGGUUGAUAUUGUCAUUCGUCGGAAGUUUGAUGAGCAUCGCAGAUCAAAUUUAG